AUGCAAGCUCCGCAUUUAUGAACGAGGACCGUGAACAUUGUCUUUCUUCAGAGGCUGCUCUCUUGGAAAUGUUUGCAUUUUUUGUGGCAUUGGGGUAACAACAGUGGGUUUUUUUGUGUUUGAAAAAGAAAAUGGAAUCUAAAGGUCUUUCAUCGUUCGCUCUGCUCCUCCGCUUUUGUUCCCUCGUCGCGGCUUUGCGCUUCGUUCAUGGAGAUCUGAGCUAUUCUUUUCUGGAGGAGAUGAAACGAGAAUCUGUCAUCGGAAAUGUCGCCAAGGAUCUCGGGAUUAAUCCGAAAAUUUUAUCCUCCAGAAAGGCCCGUCUGGAUUUUGAGGGGGCUCGGAGACGCUUCUGUGACAUCAACAUGAACACCGGAGAUUUAAUCACAUCGGAGAGAAUUGACAGAGAAAGCCUUUGUGGAAAGAAGCCGUCGUGCGUCGUUAACGUUGAUCUGGUUUUAGAAACCCCGUUAGAGCUUCACCGUGUUAGUCUCCAUAUUCAAGAUGUUAAUGAUAAUUCACCGAAAUUUAAAAAAGAUUUGAUUGAAAUGGAAAUAAGUGAAAUGGCAGAAAAAGGAAAUCACUUUUCAAUCGAGGAGGCCCAUGACGCAGAUAUCGGUCAGAAUGCAGUUCAGAGAUACACGCUGCAGAAAAAUGAGAAUUUUAUUCUUUCUGUUGAAAACAACAAAGUAGAAUUAGUGUUAGAAAAUAAGUUGGACAGAGAAAAACUAAGUGAAAUGAAUGUAGUCCUCACAGCUGUGGAUGGUGGAUCUCCGCAGAGAUCAGGUACAGUAAUCAUUCACGUUACUGUACUGGAUGCAAAUGAUAACGCCCCAGUUUUUAGUCAAGAUGUUUAUAAAGCCACUCUUCCUGAAAACUCUCCUCCAGAUACUUUGGUGAUCACAGUUAGUGCGACUGAUGCAGAUGAAGGAGUGAACGCAGAUGUGACGUAUGACUUUGGUCACAUGACUGAAGAUGAUGUUAAUGUGUUUUCGAUUGAUCCAAAGACAGGGGAAAUUAAAGUUAUUGGUGUUAUUGACUUUGAGGUAAAAGGUAUUUUUGAACUUCGAUUAGAAGCCAAAGAUGGUUUAGGACUAACUUCGUAUGCUAAAGUUCUGAUAGAAGUUACUGAUGUAAAUGACAACCCACCAGUGAUUUAUUUGAAGUCUCUGUCCAGCUCCAUCCCAGAGAACGCCCCUCCUGGUACAGAGGUGGGCAUCAUUAACGUGCAGGACAGAGACUCUGACAAGAACGGACAGGUCCGCUGCUCCAUUCAAGGCAACGCUCCUUUUAAGUUGGUUCCUUCCAUCAAAAACUAUUAUUCUGUGGUGAGCACAGGACAGCUGGACCGUGAACUAGUGUCUGAUUACAACAUUAGCAUCUUUGCCACUGACGAGGGCUCUCCACCUCUGUCCUCGUCUAAAAGUGUUCACUUAUCUGUAGCUGACAUCAACGACAACCCACCUGUGUUUGAGGAACAGUCGUACAGCGCAUAUGUGAGCGAAAACAACCAAGCUGGCUCCACUUUAUGUCGGGUGAGCGCUCGAGACCCCGACUGGAGACAAAACGGUACAGUGAUUUAUUCUCUGUUAGCUGCUGAGGUGAACGGAGCCCCGGUGUCCUCCUAUGUGUCUGUGAACGGAGACACGGGGCUGAUCCACGCUGUCAGGUCGUUUGAUUAUGAACAGUUGAGGAGUUUUCAAGUGCAGGUGAUGGCCAGAGACAACGGUUCUCCUCCGCUCAGCAGCAACGUGAGCGUGAGUGUGUUGAUCUGGGAUGUGAACGACAACUCUCCUCAGAUUCUGUACCCCGCCCCGGAGGGCAGCUCCUUCAUGACCGAGCUGGUCCCCAAAGCUGCACACGGAGGCUCUCUGGUGUCCAAAGUGAUCGCGGUGGACGCCGACUCUGGACAGAACGCCUGGCUGUCCUAUCAUAUAGUCAAAUCCACUGAUCCGGGACUUUUCACCAUCGGUCUGCACAGUGGAGAGAUCAGGACGCAGCGGGACAUUUCCCAAUCUGACAGCAUGAAACAGAACCUGAUUGUGGCAGUCAAAGAUAACGGACAGCCCUCUCUGUCUGCCACCUGUGCCAUGUAUUUACUCAUCUCCGAUAACUUGGCUGAGGUGCCAGAACUCAAGGAGAUUUCUUACGAGGAGAAGAACUCCAAACUGACUUCCUAUCUGAUCAUCGCUCUGGUUUGUGUGUCCACCUUCUUCCUGACCUUCAUCAUCAUCAUCUUGGGUGUGAGGUUUUGUCGCAGGAGAAAGCCCCGACUCUUGUUUGAUGGAGCAGUUGCCAUCCCCAGCGGUUAUCUGCCUCCUAAUUACGCAGAUGUUGACGGCACAGGAACUUUACGCAGCGCUUACAAUUAUGACGCCUACCUGACAACAGGAUCUCGAACCAGCGACUUUAAGUUUGUGUCUUCUUACAAUGACAACACGCUGCCUGCUGACCAGACUCUCAGGAAGAGUCCUACUGACUUUCUGGAGGCUUUUGAUGAAUCUACUGAUGCAUCCCAGGUAGGAACCUACUCAUCACCGAGCUGGUUUCAUGUCUUAAAUAUUAUUUGUUUGUUUUUUGCUGAAUAUUAAGUUUUAUACAAAAACAAAAAAAGUAAUCUAAACCACAAUUUAAAGCUUUUUUAAAUCUUUACAUCCCAUUUAAUUUUCAUCUGUAUUUAUUU